GAAACAUAGAAACAGAACUCUUCUGGCUUCACAGCCGAUUUGUAAUGGAGAAGAAGAAUGCCAAUCAUGAAGAUGAUGGGCGUGAUUGUGUUCCUCCUAUCCAUAGCCAAGUCGUGAAGAUCAAGAAAGAGUUUGAGAAGAUACAACACCCGUCGCUAAGGCAGCUUAAGAUGACGAGGGUGAUUCGAGAGAUCACAAGUCCACGGCGUUCCCGUUCUCCACUCGGGUUAGGAGAAAGAGAGAGGCCCAUCUCUGUUCGGAAUUGAUAAGAAAGAAUGAGAGAGAUGGAGAUAGGUUAUCCUCUUGUGUACUUAGGGUUUCUCUUUUGUCUUCCAAUGUAAAUAUCUUUGGUUAAUGUGAUGAGUCCCCUGUUCAAUAUCCUGCAUGUAACAACAAAUCUUUGGCUUCUCUUCUAAUCUCUAUACCUACUCAUGUGUUCUAAUCUUUGAGGGGUAAACCAACUAGUUC